ACAUCUAGUGACGCUCAUUCAGUACUUGUGUUGUAGCUUGUAGAUAAUAACUGCUGAUAGUACUUAAUAUUAUUACUGUGCUUAGUGUGGUUUCUCUGCGUAUGCGUGGUAGUGUGUGAGUGUGUGUUUAACACUAACAACCAAGUGACUGCUGCUGCUGCUGCUGUUGUAGUUCUGGAUUUUGUUGUUGUUUCUUUUUUUUACUUCUUGGGUGUUGUUGUUGUUGUUUGAGUGGUAAGAAAGAAAUAAGAGAGAGAAAGUGUGUGCAUGAGAGAGAAAGGAGAUAGACAAACAGACAGAGAGAUAGAGAAAGAGAAAGAGAUAGAGAGAGAGAGAGUAAAGGAAGACUCCAAUUGCCUUUCAGCUUCCAACUCGAAGAGGAAAGAAGCUGAUUUUUUUUUUAACUUCAACAAAUAUAUUUUAUAUAUAUUAUAAGUAUAUAUAUGCAUUUAUAAAAAAUAAAUACAUACUAAACACAGAGAGAGCGGAAAAAAGAACUCGUCAGAAGGACCAAAUACAUUUGCUGUUCUCUUCUUUGUAAGAACGCCCGCCGAUCAUGGUUUCUAUACAACUUUUCCUCGCAGCUUUUAUCCAACUUCUCGUCAUCGCUUAUGCAGAUGAUUUUUACAUCCAAGCUCCAAAUAGUACUGUUAUGUACUUAGAAGGCACAAAACUCAACUUGACAUGUAUUAAUACGAACUUUAAAAGGAAUAUUACAUGGUAUUUAAACGCUACAGCUAUUAAAGCUGGUUCUGGUUUUAAGCAGAGGAAAGAGGAAGAAAAUGGUGUUCAGAAAAUAAUUCUGGAAAAGGAGAAGCUGAGUAUUGAUGAUUCUGGCGAAUAUAAGUGCAUUGACUUGAGCGACUCCUCAAAAUCAGUGGAAGUCUUUGUAUUUGGUGUCAAAACAUACAACGGAACUGUUGUGUCUGGAAAACCAACAACUAUCCGGUGUGAGGCUGAAAAUUUGCAUUAUCUGGUUUCUUUUAACUGGACCAAGGAUCACAAGCAAUUAUCAGAACUCAGCGAGCUGAAUGGUCGCUAUAUUGAGCAUGAAAACUAUACAUUGGAAAUCCCAAAAGCCAGGCGCAAGGAUGCUGGGCUAUACCAAUGCAUGUACACUGUUGGAAAGAAAACCACCAUAACCUUCUCAAUCGGCGUAGCUAUGAACAUGGCUCCUUACAUUCAGUCAACUGGGACGUCUCGUAACUUGGUACAAAGUGACAAAUUGCAGUUGGAAUGCAAUGUUCAGAGCUAUCCACCUUCAACUAUUACUUGGAAAAGAGAUAAUGUUACUUUUGAAAAGGGUCAAAGAAUUCAUUGGAAUAACAAGACACUUACCAUCUACGACCUUCAAUUCACUGACAAGGGCAAGUAUAUUUGCAUUGCUAGCAACAUGAUUGGCAACGCAUCUAUGACUGUCCUAGUUCGUGUAAAGGAUAAACUUGCUGCUCUCUGGCCUUUCCUUGGCAUUGUUGCUGAAGUUGUUAUCUUAUGUAUAAUUAUUUUUAUAUGUGAGAAGAAACGCAGUAAAGACAUGGAGGAAGAUUAUGAUGGUGCCGGCCAGCAAAACAUGCCAAAUGCUAAAGAUCACAAAGGCAAAGAUGAAAUCCGGCAGAGAAAUGUCAGGACAUGAAAGAAAGAGAAAGAGAGCUAUUGAACUUUUAUUAUAAUGAUUACAUUUUUUUAUAGUUAUUAUUAUUACUACUACUAUUACUACUACUACUAUUAUUAUCAUACACCCCCUCCCUCCCUCAUGGAUUUUUUGCGAUCUCAUUUCAGAAUUGGAUACUGUAGCGAUUAAAAAAAAUUUGUCUAUCUAUCUAUCUAUCUCUCUCUCUCUAUCUAUCUAUCUAUCUAUCUCUAUCCAUCUAUCUAUUAUCUAUCUCAUCCUGUUUUAGUUGAAAAUUCUUAAACAAAAUAAAAAAUAACAAACAAACAAGGCUUGUAUAUUGGUCAGUACUCACUCAUUCAUUUACUCAAUCUAAAUGUAAAAAAAUAAAAAAAAUAAAAGUGAGUGCUCAGUGAAAUACUCCUACCACAUUUCAACUCCUGUUGUACAUUCCAUCAUGAAAUAAUUUGUAUAGUACUCACAAUCUGUAGUAAAAAAUAUCUGAUAAGACUCUUUUUCUCUUCUUUCCUACUCUUCUGAAGAAAAAUUUUCAUGUGACCAAUGUCUUGGAUUCAAAUUGAAAUUUGGUGAAUUUCAAAUUUUUUUGUUUUAAGCUAGCUCACUCCUUUCCCCUGACACCCACUCCUGAUGAUUAAAAUGCACUGUUGUAAAAAAAAAAAAAAAAUUACUUGACUUGUCCCUUUAAAAAAAUUAUAAACAUUGUUUCUAAAAAAAAUAUUCUCAUGAAGAAGAUAAAAAAAAAAUCAAAAUUUAUUCUUGACUUAUAUUGUGGUUAUAAGCAUAAGGAACAGCUAUAUACAAAAGACAUGUCACCUACAAAAAA